AAUUUUUUUUUUUGCCAUCCCACAACCCCAAAGCCUAUAAUAUUUCUCCUCCAUUCAUCUAUUCGCUUUCCAAUUCUAAACUUGGAAAAGCCAGCCCCCUCCCUGAUCGCUUCUGGGCGUCGCUUUCCCCCUCCACCCUUGGCGUUGCGCCCACCUGCGCUCUCUGUACAUCGGUUGACAGAUCAGUUGACGAAAAGCCAUAAAAAGGUGGCACAAUGGAAACCAGAUCCGAAGGGCCUGAACAAAGGCUUCAAAGAUAGAAUUGGAUGGGCCCCUCCCCGUCCUCCACCCUUUCCCCAGGGAUCUUAUGCUAUUGAAGGAUGCCCCCCUCUUCCACUCUCCUCCCCUCUGCACCCCUCCAUCGUCAAAACUUCUCUGUGUCAUAUCCUCGUCGAUCCCCUUUCCUCUUCCACCCUCCGUUGCCUUCCUUCCAAGAGCUCGACGGCGUCGUUGAAUCGCAGGGGCUCAGAUCGAGAGGAGCAGCCAGAGGGCAUCAGCCUCUGCGAGCUCCUCAUCCAUACCUGGCUGCAACGCGUUGGCGCAUGAGUUGGAUUGUUUGAUGGAGCCAGGGCAAGCUUGGUGCAUCUUCCUGCUGGUCUUCCCUUCCUUUCUUCUCACUUUGGCGCAAAGCUCGAACAGGUCGAUCGAGUCGUUGAAUUCUGCGAUCCGAGACUAUGCUUUCAAGGAGCUAGUUCGACGUCGAACAGGGGUGCUCUACGAGGUGUCUCUGCCUCGUAAUCUCUCCGGCAUCACAGCUUCGGUCUUGAGGCUACGAAGUGGCAGCAUGCGGAGCAGGGGAGCAAACCUCAGCUCGAUCCACAUCCCACCAGGCGUGACGCCUGUUCCUCCUUCCGUGAGGAGGCUGGUCAUCGUCUACCACGAUCUCGGCAACAGGUCUUCCUCCUAUUACGACCUGCCCGGUUACUCUCUCGUCGCUCCCGUCGUCGGCUGCUUAGCUUAUGAUGCAUCCAAUGUAAGCUCUGGCAUCACGAAGGAGCUCGAGCUCGCAUUGCCUGCAGAUCGGAUUUUGGUUGUCUUCCCAGAAUUCAAUUUGCCGGAGGGAAUGAAUCCAGCAAUCAAAUGUGCCGCAUUCGGACGUGGCGGAUCGGUGCAUCUCCACGACGUGGUUUCGAAGAAUACCUGUUCGGCAGCGAGCACAGGCCACUUCGCAAUCGUCGUUCCGUCGGUAGCUCCAGCUUCGCCUCCGUCGGUGGAACGGAAAAAAACAGAGAGUAGAUGGGAAGUUCGGGUGAUGGCAUCUGCAUGUGGAGUAGUUGGGCUGGUUCUGGUGGGUUUGGUUGGGUUAGGAAUCUUUAGGUUGGUAAGGAAUAAGAAAAUGGAGGGCAUGGAAAGCCAAGCUGAGGAGGGUGAGGCUUUAGGUACUACCUGGGUUGGGAGGAGUAAGAUGCCUUCUGCAACAAUGAUGAGAACUCAACCGGUUAUUGAGGAUGGAAGUGCGCCAUGAGAGGACUUCCCCCUGAUGGGUCUUGCAAUGUCCAGAGAUGGAUGGGGUUAGAUACUCUCGGCCUCGGCCGGGAGUAGGUGGGUCAAAUGCGGACAAAUGAAAGGCCAUCUUGUAAAAUAUCGCUCCAUUUUUCUGUAGUUAAAAACCUUCUUUCUCAUACAUUAGUGUUGAUUUGGAAUGAUUUUAAUUGAGGUGAUUCUUGUCUC